ACUUGACUUUCGUGUGCGAUCUUUAUCACUCGUCUGCAAUGUUGCUCUCAGUACCGAACGAAAUCUUGAGCAAGAUUACUUUUGAAGCAGAUAAUCGAACACGUCGGCGGCUUCGGCGUACGUGUAAACUUCUCAACAACGUCGCCACACCUCUUGUCUUCGAGUCAGUCUACAUAGACCUAUCUUGGAAGCGUCCUUCCGGCUCAGUUCUCCUGUUUCUCAAAUCGCUUACGUCUGGACCGAAAUUGGCGCAACACAUUAUUCGUCUAUCCCUCUAUCUACCCAAGCGUUUCCGGCCUACGCGUUCCUGGUUCACGAGUGAAGCUAAAAUCAAGAAGGAAGAGCAUAGACGGGAUUCCUUCGAUCAACUCUUCAUUGAAGCUAUUCCAUCUAUGGUGUCAUUAAAAUCAUUAACUUGGAGGAGUAGCGGGGAUGAAGGGCCGAGUUACGCUCAGCUAAUGUUUGAACAUUUCGGAGAUCUACCACUCCUGUCCAAUCUAAAGAUAUCCAGCCAUGGCACCUGGGACAUACCCUGGUCUCCAUUUCGCCACAUUCGAGAUCUCAAAUACUGGGGACGAGGCGCCAACGAGCUCAUUACGUUCCUCGGCUACAACCUGCACUUGGAAAGUAUAGAUGCUUCCGUCUGGCGUCCUCUGGAUCUCAGUUUCGAGGACGGACUACCAAUCUCAUCACUUUUUCGCUCAUUGCCUCCGGGCACCUACAGCACUGUCAAAACAUUAAGAAUAGGUGGUGUCACGUUCAACCAACUAUACGCGCAUGAAAUCCCUGAUCUUAUACCACAUUUGCGUUGCCUGGAGAAUCUGAGGGUGUAUAUCCCCAUACCCAAUGAAUUUUGGGACAGAUUACGCGAAGAUGAUAUACACUUGACCUCUCUCUCAUAUUGCGAGAGUAACAUUGAUAGCGCCCUGCUGUCGUAUCUCAUGUCCUAUACAGGACUUCAUGAACUCUCACUGGGAAUAUGGGACCGCCCGACGCCCAACAGUCUCCACAAUGCAGACCUCCUGCCGAAUGUUAUCGCCUUAAGUUCCUGGUGCUUGACGAAGGUUCACAUUGAGCCGGACCAUAGCGGAGCAUGGUGCUUGGACCAUCGUAUGCUAGAUGCAUUGGUAAUUUGCCGUGGUCUGAAGUCGCUACAUGUAUGUGCCGAUAAAGUGACAACUAAAGUGGAAGUAAACAAUGAUAGAGUAUUAGGAGCUCUCAUGGUGUUGUGGCCGAAUCUCUGGGAUCUGAACAUAAAUGCAGUAUCCCCUUCCUUUGGGUUUGAUGCGGUGAGGACGGCCGCAAGCCAGAUCCAUGGGCGCAUUUUAGCAUUUCGUUUCGCGCCGCUACCACCGGAACGGGCUAGGCUGCACGUGUCGUCAGAUUUUGCCACAUAUUCGGUAAAAAUUCACGAUCAAAAGAACAAUACUCACUCGUUCAAGGUACGGUAUCUGAACUAUUACGGGAAGAAAGAAUCAAGUAGGAAAUACAAGUUUUGGAGGCGAUCGGAUGGUACUAAUGAUGAUUAACAUGUAACUAUCUGACUUAUCGUCAGAAUAAACGUUAAAAAGGAAUGUCGAACUUGCUUUUAUUCACCACCAGAAUGAGUGCCCGGCUGAGGAUUUCACAGCUCACGAGCCACUCUUGCAC